GCGGCACGCAACACACAUGUAUCCAGUACGCCGUGUAUCCGACAAGGCUCGCUUCUUCGAAAUUCGUCGCUCUUGUAGCAGCAAUCCGGCAUAUAUGAGUGUAUACUGUCUCUACCAGUCCGGACCAUCCAGUUGAUUCAUCCGAGUUCCUGCUGGUCUGAACGGUAUUCGUGCCUAUUCUCAUAGAUAUAGCUUGCGCGAGCAGCCAUUUGACUUCCCAAGUAAUCAGCAUUGUUGCGUUCACAUCGACCAUGGCAGACGAUUCACCCGCAGGCUUCGUGGUGCCGCCAUAUGAAAUCUCGCAAGACAGCGACCAUGUCUACCUCUCAGUGCGCGUUCCAUCUUCAUCGGACAGUUCGAUCGCCGCCGCCACAGUGCCAAGGGUCGUCAGCGAGGACAGAGCGUUUGGCUUCGUUAUGGGUGACUAUUACUUGCCACUCUUCCUACCUGCACCCGUGCAAAACGAACCCAAGCUUGAGCCACCGCUAUCGGGGUCCUCCAGCUCUCUAUGCUGGAGCGUGACACUACGCAAAGCAAACAAGGGAGAGCAUUUUGAAGGACUUGAAGAUUUGCAGCCUCAGAUCUUACCCCCGGCCGCAGUCGAAGCUUUGGCCAGCGCCAGUGAUGCCGCUGCAGCAUCAGCAGCAGCAGGGAAUAUCGAUGGUAACAGCGGCCACUCGAACUUAAAAACGAAAGAUAGCGAUGGCUUGCGCAGCUUGACGUGUGACAUGCUCAAGCGUGCGUUAAGCAAGGAAAACGAAAGCAGAUUUUUGCAAGGGCAACCUGGUCUCAUGCUGUCGACGGACGACGACAGGGCCGAUGAUGGCAUUACAACUUCCCAUCGCGCUGAGGAUGCUAAUCCUUUGACGAGCACGUCCCAUGUCACCGCAACAGGCCCGCGAAUAGGAUAUGGUUUUCGUCGCGCUCAUCACGAACCUCUCGAUCCUCAAGCUGUGGAGUGCAGUCGCGCUUACGGGCUGAAACAUGCGGAUCCGUCGAGCGUGCCGCUGGAGCUGCGGGAGAAAGGGGCGUGGGACGACGAAGAGAACAAGUGGGACGAAGGGUGGUACUUAGAAAACUAUCUCGACAUGGAAGGCGAGAUCACGGCCAUCGUGGACUACACUGUGCAGCUAUCGAACCCUUCGGCACAAGCAACCGACGCUGCGGCGAAGGACGGCAAAGCGACAGUGGCAGAUGAAGAUCUCGAAGCACUAUGCCUGCUCUGGACCUUGCUCUUUGCAUAUGCUUACGACCAGCGGACUAACUUCGAAGAUCCGACCAUUGAAUCAGGUUGGACGAUCAGUGCACUCUCACGACCUCUCUGCUGGUUCGCAUCGCCCGUCUCGCCGAUGGCCCUGGCCGCUUCUGCAGAUCCCACAAUGCCUUCCGCCCCGCAGCGUGCACUCUUCGCUGCGGUAAUCGCUAGUUUCCGGCGCAGUCUUUGCUUCCCGCUCUAUCGGCAUUGGGCCUUGUCGCUCAGGGUCUAUACUGACGUACACGAGCUGCUGAAAGCCGGUCCUGGUGCAGUGAUUGAGGCACUACAGGCGACUCAUGUGCGCCUCAUGCAGGGUGCGACAGGUCAAAGAGACGACCCCAUGCUCAAUAUAUUUGCCCGCGUCUGGUUGGAGCCUCUGCUCGCGCUUUUGCAACAGGGUGACACCGCGAAGGAAGUAGUAGGCCAGUUGCUGGCGCUGUUGCGUGCACUUGAUACAAGCAAUAUGCAUCCCCGUACCGAGCUCUUCAAAGAUUACGUGGGUGGCGGCAAGUGGGACUUGACCGCACUUGACGAAGCUGCGAAGGAGGAUGUCGCCAGCGGCCAGCAGGGAGGAUACGUGUAGCAUUCCGGUCUCAUACAUGAAGUGAGAGUCUUACCUCGCUGCUUUUUUGAAUAGACAAAUACUACAGGCGCUGAAAA